CUCGGGGGGGGGGGGAAAGAAAACCUUCGGAAAACUCUCCGCAGAAGUUUCGCGGCAGCGAGAAGCCGCCGGGCGGAGAUCUCGGGAAGAUCUCGCCAUCUCUUCCCCCUUUCGCCGGGGGCUGACAUUCCGGUGGGCGAAUCUCCAGCAGUCGGAAGGGAACCAUGUUCAGUUGGAUGAAGAAGAACGAGAAGAAGACCCCCGAGGUGAUUCACACCGUGACCGAGGGGCUGAAGCGGCUCUACAAGAACAAACUCCUGCCGCUGGAGGAGUUCUACCGCUUCCAUGACUUCCACUCGCCCUCCCUGGAGGACGCGGACUUCGACAACAAGCCCAUGAUCCUGGUGGUGGGUCAGUACUCCACCGGGAAGACCACCUUCAUCCAAUACCUGCUGGAAGAGGACUUCCCCGGGAGCAGGGUAGGACCUGAGCCCACCACCGACUCCUUCAUCGCCGUCAUGCACGGGGACGUGGAGAGCGUUAUCCCGGGGAACGCGCUGAUGGUGGAUCCCAACAAACCCUUCCGAAAGCUUAAUCCCUUCGGCAACUCCUUUCUCAACAGGUUAACGUGCGCCCAGCUGCCGAACAAGGUGCUGGAGAGCAUCAGUAUCAUCGACACCCCGGGGAUUCUGUCGGGAGCCAAGCAGAGGGUGAGCAGAGGUUACGAUUACCCAGCCGUUCUGCAGUGGUUUGCUGAGCGAGUAGACCGCAUCAUUCUCCUCUUCGACGCCCACAAGCUGGAGAUCUCGGAUGAGUUCUCGGAGGCAAUCCGGGCUCUGAAGGGCAAUGAGGACAAGAUCCGGGUGGUGCUGAACAAGGCCGACCAAGUGGACACCCAGCAGCUGAUGAGGGUCUACGGGGCUCUCAUGUGGUCCCUCGGUAAGGUCAUCAACACCCCCGAGGUCCUCCGGGUCUACAUCGGCUCCUUCUGGUCCGAGCCACUCCUCAUUUCUGACAACCGGAAGCUCUUUGAGCUGGAGGAACAGGACCUCUUCCAGGAUCUCCAGAACCUGCCUAGGAACGCGGCCCUGAGGAAGCUCAAUGAUCUGGUGAAGAGGGCAAGGCUUGUGAGGGUCCAUGCCUACAUCAUGAGCUACCUGAAGAAGGAGAUGCCGUCUGUGUUUGGGAAGGAAAACAAGAAGAAGCAGUUGAUUUCGAAACUGGGACUUAUAUUUGCCAAGAUCCAAUUGGAGCAUCACAUCUCUCCGGGAGAUUUUCCAGACUGCACAAAAAUGCAGGAACAGCUGAUGGUCCAUGAUUUCACCAAGUUCCCCUCACUCAAGCCCAAGAUGCUGGAGUCACUAGAUGACAUGAUGACGUAUGAGAUUGCCAAGCUGAUGCCUCUGGUGAGGCAGGAGGAGCUAGAGAUGCCGGAACAGAUGGUGCACGGUGGAGCAUUUGACGGGACCUCCAACGGACCCUUCAUCGAGGGGAUCGGUGACGGGGUCUACGAGUUGACGGACGAAGAUGAGUGGGUCGUCACGAAGGACAAGCCGAAGUAUGAUGAGAUCUUCUACAACUUGUCGCCCACCGACGGGAAGAUCAAUGGAGUCAAGGCCAAGAACUGGAUGAUCACCACCAAGCUGCCAAACUCCGUCCUCGGCAAGAUCUGGAAACUCUCUGAUGUUGAUAAGGAUGGGAUGCUGGAUGAUGAGGAGUUUGCCCUGGCCAGCCACCUCAUUGAGGUCAAGCUGGAUGGCCAUGGGCUGCCCAAUGAGUUGCCAGGUUACCUGGUCCCCCCGUCCAAGAGGCGGCAGGUGGGAUCGGCUGAGUAACCUCUGCGCGGGAAGCGGGCGGCGGCUUUCUGCUUGAUGAGUGUGUCACUGGUUGCUGCAGGCUGAGGUGAUUGGCCUUUGUGGAAACAGGUGACUAAUAAACAGAUCCUCGGGCUUAUUCUGGAUCCAUGUCAAUUCCAGACUGCCUCCAGGAUCAUGUUCACCUUUCCCCUUGCAAAGUUACACGCUGUCGCUUAAAACCCCAUUUGUGCAUCAAGUGAAGACUUUGGUGUAAGGUGGGUAAAGGGUUAAGGGUGCCCCCCCCCCCCACAGUCCAGAGACCAUUUCCACAGCUCCCUCCCCCAUUUUGCUCCUCUGCUCUUUAUCAUUGAUAUGCUUGUGGCCUCAAAGUUCUUUUGCACGAUUCCUGAGAGCCUUUCACAAGCCCGACUCUGCUGUGUAUCUCAGUCACUGAAGUUGCCCCACUCUUGCCCUGAGGGAAUUUAGAAACCAAAGUGUCCACUGGUCCCGGUAACUGAGAGGGUCUUGGCCUCCCACACCAAACCGGGUUGCGUGUGACACUGGCUCUCACCAAUUCUCACCUGGUGCUGCUGCAAUGGCUUAGCUCGAAGUGGAGGCCAAGGUUAAACAUUAACGCAAACUCAGAAUUCUGCUGCAAAUUCUGAAACUGAUGCAUAAAAUAUUGAGAUAGCAGCAAGUCAGACCUGCACAGGCACCUCCCAGCCCCCACCCAGCUAACAGGAAUCACCCACUGCUCGUUUCCAACACAUCACCUGCAGCCUAUUUAAACACAGCCCUCAUCCACGGUCCUUGUCCACCCAUCGAACCAGCCAGCCUCAACCAGUUACUCCUAACCUUCAGUCACCUUGUUGCCUUGUCGUGUUUAAGUAUCCCUUCUCUCUUGUUUUGGCUUUGUUGUCUUGCAGUUUAUUAUCAAAGCGAUCGCUCACCGCUGCUCUGCGCUUGGGUCAAGCCUCCUCUGCAUUUCCCAACCUGGUGUGUGUCCAACACCAAGAGAGUUGACGUUUCAGACCAGUGACUGCUCUAUCCGAGUAACACACACACACACACACACACACAAAGCACAGGAGUAAUCCUGCAGAUCAGGCAGCAUCCAUGAGGGGAAAUGGACAGUUGACAUCUCAGGUCAAAGGUCAAGAUAUUUAAUCAGGACUGACCGGAAAUGCCGACCAUCCUGACCCACUGAAUUCUUCCUUGGCUUUGCGUGUUGACCCAGGUUCUGGCAUCUGGUGUUCCUGCCUCUCUGUCAGAACUCUCUGAGGAAGGGCCAUCACCCUGAAAUGUCAACUCCUUCUCUGUUCACAGAUGCUGCCCAAGCUGAUGAGUGUUUCCAGUAUUCUCCAAUAUUCACUGUUAGUUCUUGAAUUCUCCAAUCUCUCCUUUUUUCCAAGCUGAAGACCUGGCUUAUUUGACCCUUGGCUGUGGUUCUGCCCUGAUGUCCUCACAGUCCGUUCUCCACCCACCCACCCCAUGUAAACAGAACAGAGUAUAUUCUUUCCCAAGCAUCUAGUGCUAACUUAUUUACUGCCCAUUACACCAUUGGCGUUCAGGGCAGCAAUGAAAGUCCUCCAUCUCCGGCGGUGAUCAGGGGUUCCUUCAUCAUGUCAGUAGCUUUCUCUCGGUUUUCACUACUGUCAGCCAUGCAAGUCCCGGGUGGAGACUCAGGAAUACCGUCACACUCAGAUGUAGAAGGAUUCUUCAUUGCUGUUUCCGUAACAGUUUUGUUUUACCAGCCAGAGUUGUUAGCCCCGAACCUGGAGGACCGGUGGACUACUCUCAGCUUGGCCUCUACCCUCUGACCUGUUUGGCAUGGGUGACCCUACCAAGAGCCAAGGCAUAAAGCCCUGACUCCAGCCAAUGUCCCUCUCCAGGUCAGUCCAGCCUAAAGUGCUUUGUUAGAUUGGUGUAUAUCAAAGUUCGAAGUUGGAGAUUUCAUGCAGCUAAACUUAUUUUUAUAUCUUGUCCAUGUGCAUGCUUGUCUGUCGGUGUAGAGAUUUUAAGAAUUUCCACUUCAGGUUUUGGUUGAGACCAUCAGGACUUUACCCUCAAGGGUAAUAUGUAGUGAACAGUGAGGGAACACUGACCUUUUUUCAUAAACCCUACUCCCAUGAGUCCUGAUGUUCACAAUGAACAAAGUCAAUGCAUCACCAUUGGCUUGUCCAGUGUGACAUCAUGCAUCAUCUCCGCAUGGUAUGGAUUAUAGAGAGAGAGAGAGAGAGAGAGGCCUUCCAUCAAUCACGGUUGACCAUGGAUGUUGCGUCCCAGCUGUCUACAUAAUAUGCAAGCCAUGGCUGUACAACAGCAAGCCGUCGCCCACACUGCAAGCUCCCCCUCUCCACGCAGCUGAUGAAUCGAAAGGAACGGUAGAGACCGAUACAGUCUGAUACCAGCAUCAUUGCAGGAGUUGCCAGUCUGCGUUGAAGUUGAUGUAGGACUGCCUUAGGGACUCCAGCUCGGUAUUUUUCCCUCGGGAUUUACUCCUGAAACCUUCCCCGUGAGGGGGUGUAGCUACAACGCAUCACAGGUUUGAGACCAAUGAAGGCCAACACACCACAUGCCUUCUUAAUCGUACAUUUCCUUGAGUGUUAAGCUUUUGGACCUCCUGUCUUUAAUUGGAAGAGGUUUCCAGUUACUGCCUCCUGCCACUUUCUCCCAAACCCUUUUAUUAUCUCUGGGACCACCUGGCCUCCCAGCUGAGCCGUACAAUUCACCACGGUUAUGGAUGCUCUAAUAAGCAGCAAAUGGACACGCGCAACAAGAGCGAUCUUGGUGAUGAAAGGGGUAACACGUGAAGAGCGUUUGAUGGUUUUGGGCCAACACUUGCUGGGGUUUCGAAGAAUGCGGUGGGAUUUCAUUGAAACCUAUCAAAUAUAGUGUGGACGUGGAGAGGAUGUUUGCCGUAGUGUGGGAGGGCACAGCCUGAGAGUACAAGAACUUCCCUCUGGAACAAAGAUGAGAAGGAAUUUCUUUAGCUAGAGGGUGAUGAAUCUAUGGAAUUCAUUGCCGCAGAUGGCUGUAGAAGCCAAAUCAUGGAGUAUAUUUAAAGCAGAUGUUAAUAGAUUCUUCAUUAGUCAGGAUGUUAAAGGUUAUGUGGAGAAGGUAGAAGAAUGGGGUUUAGAGGGAUAAUAAAUCAGCCGUGGUGGAACGGCAGAGCAGAUUCAAUGGGCUGAAUGGCCUAAUUCUGCUCCUAUGUAUUAUGGAUCAGGAUUACCACCUCCACUUCAACCAGCCUCCCGUUGUCCUUUUCCUCGUGGCCCACCAUUGGUUGCCUGAGGCUCCAGCCUCCCCCCCCCCCCCCCACCCCACAGGCUUCUACCAUUGGCUCCUCCAGAGCAAAUUGGAAAACCAGCUUCCUUCCUUAUUAUCCAAUUAUAUGGCAGCUGUCAUUUUUUGCUGUUUCCCAUUUGUUUCCCCAAAUGUAUUUUACCGGUAACUUUCAAACUAAAACUUUAAAAUGAAUAUUUUAAAACCCCCAGUAAAUUUCCUGCAGUCUUGGCUCUUGACUGUGAUUACUGCUAGACUUGACUAAAGUUGAAGAACAAUCGAGGCCAAUCAGCCCAUCAAAUCAAUGUUAACCAAAAAAUUAACUCUUGGUCUGAGGCCUGUAGUUCACGGCUCAGCAACUUCCCGUCUGAGUUCCUUUAAUGUAUUGGAUGGGAUUCUCCAACACUUUCCCAGGCUGUGGGCCCCAGAUCUGCUUGGAGUAAAAGGAAAUCCUUACACACCCAUUCCCCUGCCCCUCAUCUGUCCAGCAGUCACAUUAAAUCUCUGCUCUCUGCACAGGAGUUGCGAACUCCCAGAGAGCAGGUCGAUGCAGUGGGGAGUUCCAGAUGGUUCAAUUUAAUCUCAGAGAAUGUUUAUAGUAUGCACCCUGAAAUUCAUACUCCUCUCAGACAUCGACGAAACAAAAAAACACAAAGAAUGAAUGACAGAAACAUCAGAACCCCAGAGGCCCCCUCCCCACACACAAGUAGCCGAUAGAAGCAUCGAACCCCUUCCUUUCCUCUCACUUGAAUCCAGCAAAAGCACUGACCCCCCCCCCCACUCCAUGAAAGCAAUAGCAAAAGCCCCCCAAGAGAGUCCUUGAUCUCAACAGUUACACUCCACAAGCCAACACCGGCCUCCCAGACAGGCUCUCUCUCUCAUCAGAGAAGGAGAGCGCGGUCACUCCUGGAACAACGAGAGCAGACCAGCAGCCCGCUGUUCCAAUGUUACAAUCUUCCGCAUCGCUUCUCCGAACCCCCACCUGCCACCAACCAAAGGAUUUAAGGAGAAUGACGAGUAAAAUGUAAAUAGUAAAUGUUGCGCCAAGCAGUCCGACUAUCCUCCCUCUUCUCUGGCCCAUCAGCCCUACUGGGACGUAGGCUGCCGACAGCAGCUCACCAGAGUCCUCUGUGCUGGGCUUCAGCUUUCACCACAUGACUUCAUCUGUCUUCCAGCCGAAGAUCCUUCCUCUCCCAGGAGAUGAGGUCUUCGGAGCUUCUGUCGGCAGUUCAGUAGUCCCACUGUUAGGGAGCGCUAAUGUUUAACAGCCCAGUUUAUCUUAUAGUCAGUAAAGUAUAUUUCACCGAGCAACAGCAAUAUUUCACCCUCUGUGCACAGGAUGAUGAACACUAGCUCUGUCUUUGUUUUAUAAGAUUUUUUAUUCGUUGUUUAUUCUGCCUGAUCUGAUUUAUAGUUUUAUUACAAUGUAUCUUAUGUAAUUGGAUUCUGAAAUAAAACAAGCCUUGUUCAACA